GGACAGGAAUAAGCGCGGCAGCUGCCCUUUAAUUGCCAUAAAUUGGGAGGCCAAAUGAGUCACGAUAAUAAAUAACAUAUCAAAGCGAUCGCGCAAGGUGAUAUCCGGGCAAUUAGGAAAAUUAAAACCAAUUACAGCGCCAGAAGUUACUCAAUAACCCAAAUCCUUCCAUAUAAAUCCAGACACAUGGGUAUCAGAGAAGAAAUUCACUCGGACGUUCACCAUGUGGCCCCGGGCUCUGUGCCUCCUUCUGCUGCUCCACUUCUGCAGUUGUGUCAUCGUGAAGGAUGGAGACUUUUCCUUCCCGCUGGAGAGCGUCAAGAAGUUAAGUGAGUUACUGGGCAGUAGGAUCAAGAGAGACAUCUCUGAACCAGAAGUGCUCAAACUGUGCACCGAUCCCAGGCUGCCGGAAGAGAUCCUGCCAGUCUGCGCCAGUCCCAAUGCCGCGGAGGUGCUUUACAGACUAGGACAAAUUGCAUUGAAUCCUGACGUGUGUGAAGUUUGUGCUUUUGCUGCCUGUACCGGCUGCUGAACGCGUCGGCUCCACCAGGCCUGUACCGGCUGCUAAACGCGUCGGCUCCACCAGGCCUGUACCGGCUGCUAAACGCGUCGGCUCCACCAGGCCUGUUCCGGGUGCUAAACGCGUCAGCUCCACCAGACCUGUACCGGCUGCUGAACUAGUCGGCUCCACCAGGCCUGUACCGGCUGCUGAACGCGUUGGCUCCACCAGGCCUGUACCUGCUUUUGAAGGCCUCUGUACACAUCCUGACCCGGCAUCGCUUCUAUGUCUGCUUCCUACAGUAAUUACAGAGUGAAAAUGGAAAAUAAGUAAAAAUCAGUUUUAAUGGGAAA